AUGCAGGGUUAUUUUUUAAUCUACUUGGCCAGAGCGAUCCAGACAUUACAUACUUGCGAUGUCGGCUGUCGACAUGCGUUGGACACGAUCGAUACGGAUGCAAUCUCGCCACAAAUGAAAUAUUGUGGCGUUUACAGAACCGAUGCUUGA